AUGGGGCAAUUCCCCGGCCUCCUGAGCGGGCUGCUGAAGUCUCUGUACGCCAGCAAGAAGAAGGCAGCGGCGGACGGCGGGAGGGAGGCGGCAGACUCGAUGGCCAGGGCGGCGAGGAAGAACAGCACGAUUCUGCGGUCGUCGGGAUCAAUGGAGAUGGAAGGUUCGGGCAGCUUCGUGUCCGCCUUCUCCAAGAGAGGGGAGAAGGGGGUGAACCAGGACUGCUCCAUCGUCUGGAAGGUGAUCCAUCUUCUUUUAUCCCCGGCAUCUCCACCCUGGAGAAAUCAUCCACCAUCAAAUGUCCUCUCGUUGAGAUUUAUUUUACGGUCAUCCGAAAUCUUCCACAAUUCUUGAUACAUCUGUUCUGGUUUCAUUCCAUCCUCUACCUCCCGAACCAGUAGUUUCUCGAAAGGCCUCCAUCUGUUGGUUUUUUGUGUGGAGAACCGCUCCUCCGAGUCUCUUUUCGCAGAUCCUAUUAACCAGAUAUCUUCACACGCACCCGGGCGAUGCGAUCGCGCAUUAACGGUAAAUUUUCUCAGAUUAUCCCCUGAAUUCUGGUUUUGUUCUUCCGAUUAAGCAGGGAUACGGAUGCCAGGAGGACCUGAUCUUCUGUGGGAUCUUCGACGGGCACGGCCCCUGGGGGCGCGAGGUGGCGAAGAUGGUCAGAGAAUCCCUCCCGUCGUCCCUUCUCUGCAGUUGGCAGGAGAUGCUCGUCCUGAAUGAUCACCUGACUCUGGAACUCGAUCCGGCGGGUGACAAAAAGGUCUCCCUAAUUGAUAUCUGGAAGCAGUGCUACCUGAGAGCUUGCGCCACCACGGACAGGGAGAUAAAGCAGCACCGUGGCCUGGAUUCCUUCUACAGCGGCUCUACAUCGCUGACGGUCGUCAUGCAGGUAAUCAGACCCGGCGAUGCCCUGCUUCUGAUUUCUCCACGAUUUUCAUUUUCUGUGCAAAUUUCGCAGAAUGCCGGUAAAACUAUUUCUUGAGCCGAUCCACAAUCGGUUCGCUGGCUCUCCAUCUGUCGAUUCACGCAGUUUCCUUUUAUCGGCUACUUGGGGAAUGAUUUUUAUUUCUGCGAAAUCUAAUCGGAUUAUGGCUCAGAUGAUUAGGAUUAGAACCUUAUUUACUGAUUUAAUGAGGGAUCAAAGGUUGACUUCAGUGAUCUGUUGGAUAUACAGAGAGAAUAUCUUCUCCGGGUUUAUGAGCAUUUGGCAUCUCAUUCACCUGGGGGGGUGCGGAUUUCCAUGCUCAUCAUCUUCUUCUUUUUUGCUCUCUAGAGAGAGAAUCGAGCUGUUAUCCAUGAUCAUAAGCUCUAGAUCUUCUUCUGUUCGGGGAUUCACCGGCGACCCAUAUCUCGGCUUGUCUUCUGAAGUGGGGAAAGUUCACAGACAAAGGUCAGCAAGGCAAACUUUAGUCACACAGAUUCACUCUCGCCGUUGAACGUCUUUCUAGGGGGAGCUCAUCAUCCUGGCGAACGUCGGAGACUCUCGCGCCGUCCUGGCCACCGCCGGCGGCGACGACGACGACGACGCCGGCCCGAUUCCCGUCCAGCUGACCGUGGACUUCAAGCCCAGUCUUCCUCGUGAGUUUCCUCGACACUGGAUUUGACUUUUCGUUCAUGGAGAAAUUGACUGUUCUAGGGAUGGGUCUCGUAAUCUCCAUGGCGGCGCAGAGGAGGCGGAGAGGAUCAGGCGGUGCAACGGGCAGGUGUUCUGCCUGGAGGACGAGCCCGGCGUGCAAAGGGUGUGGCUGCCGUGCGGGGAGGUGCCGGGCCUAGCCAUGUCGAGGGCUUUCGGGGACUUCUGCGUUAAGGACUUUGGGCUCAUCUCCACGCCGGAGGUGACCCACCGGACGAUUACCGACAGGGACCUCUUCGUCGUGCUGGCCACCGACGGGGUAAGAUCUCUCUCUCUCUCUCUCUCUCUCUCUCUGCUUCAAAGAUGUCAGGCUCAUUAAAAAAAGGGCCUGCCAGAGAAAGCUAUAUUCUUAAUGGAGGGGGCGAAGUAAUCGUGCGACCUUCAUUUAUAUGGACCUCAGGUGUGGGACGUCGUCUCCAACCUCGAGGCGGUGCAGAUCGUGUCCUCGACGCCCGAUAGGGCCAAAGCCGCGAAGAGGCUCGUGGAGCACGCCGCUGCCGCCUGGCGCCGGCGGCGGCGGGGCAUCGCCGUCGACGACUGCUCCGCCGUGUGCCUCUUCUUCCACCCUGCGCCGCCAUAG